AUGGUCAAAUUUGAGUAUGGGGACUCUACGGAAGAGCCCACGACACCGACUUCCACGAAAAGUAGCCCCUAUUUUGAUGAUGCAGCCAGUCCGUGCUGUGAUCUGGAUACCUCAAUGAUACUCGAAAAUAAGACAGUUGACACGUAUGAGAUAGAGGAGACCAUUGUUUUGGCCCCUUCACCUCAGCAUUUAAAACAUGAUGACGCACAAGCUUCAGCGAGCGAAGAAAGUAGCACAGUAUCGUCCACAUUCUCGGUCGAAGAUGCGCUUAGUUUGCACGACAGCGUCACCAGAAUUGUCAACAUUGGCAAUUGUGGUGACAAGAUCCCACCAGGGCUCCUUACUCAAGCCGUGAAUGUCCGCAUCAUGAGGGUGGGCGUUAAUUACAGCUCGCUGCCAGACGUGGACAUGAUUGGACGCCAGCUCAUGAAAGCAGCUGACGACAUGGACAAUAUAGCCGAAAGAUUUGAAGCUUUUACCGUCGAAAUCUACUCAAUGGGUCUCUUCCUUACGCUCUAUGUAUUAUCAUAA